GCCACCCAAUUUUUCUGGGAGUACCCCCCACCGGGGGUUUGACUGGGUUUUGAUUUUCAGUUUAACAUUUUCAAGCCCAACUAAACCUUCAGCUAUUUGAUCUGUGUCGACAUUGCUCGACAACUUCUACUUUCUUGACAGAAAGCCGGUUUCCAUUAGUACACUAGUAAAUGCUAUAAACCAAAUUUCUUGCCACCGAUGAUCAGAGUAGAACCCUACGUUAUAACUUCCUUUCCAAAGCAUAGUACGCGAAACAUAACCGCAUGCUUUCACGGUCACUUUAAUCUAAAAUUAUUUUCUCGCGCUCUCUGCCGUAACUGUUAACUUUGCUACGCGUUUUCACAAAAUCGCGCAGAGCCACGCACAUCAGCGCACUUGGGCAAAGCGAAAGUGUUCUCUCGAUGCGAUUUCACUUGUGAUUGGUCGAAAUUGAUAGCUUCUUUACCCUCUUUUGUCUUACUACGGAUGCGCAGUAGACGCCAUAAUUGAUCUCGUAGAUAUUUACUGUUCACCUUUUUCUAAUUCACAGGCAAUUUUCCAAUCUUCAACAGUAUUCGAUUGCGAUUGUCUUAAACUGUGAACCAAGUAAGACUCCAAUCCUCAUGAUUUUUUUGGAAAAGCAGUAGUUAACAGUACGUAGGUACUUAAAGCUGACACUUCAUGCUUUCAGUUGUUUUUCGCAAUGGGUGAAAAAAAGGUUACGAAACUGGAUAUUGGUCUCGUGGUAGCAGACUUUCUAUUCAGUACGCAUCGUUAUCAUAAAGCCAUUGACUUCUACAAAGAGUGUCAAAUUCUAUUGAACAAAAGUGAAGAAGAAUGUUGGAAUUUUAGCCUUGCAACAAUAUUGCACCAUCAACUGGCGAGAGUAUAUCUGAUCACAAAUGAGUUUCAGGAAGCUUUCGCAAGCGUCCAGCAAGUUCUGAAAAACAGCAAAGAAAUUAAAGCGAAGAAGGCAGAAGAAACAGCAAAUCAAGGUAUCAGUUGGGCGUUCAGAUGCACUGCUCAACCCUUUCAAGUAAUUUUUUGGCAAAGCAAAUUACAUAGAGCUGCUAAAGAAAAUGGAGACAAACAGAAAGAAGGAGUCGCUUGUGUUAUCAUGGCUCAAGCGUUCUCCGCUCUUGGUAAACAGGAUAAAGUCAUCGAGUUCGAAAGUGAAGCUCUGAGAAUGUGUCGGGAAAUCGGAGACAGAAGAGGAGAAGGUAAAGUACUACGCGACCUUGGGUCCGUGUACAGACAGCUCCUUCAAUACCAUAAAGCAAUCCCUUACCUAGAAGAGUCCCUGAAAAUACUAAAAGAGGUUGGAGAUUAUAGAGGAACGGCAAUGUCGUAUCAACAGCUUGGAAGUACUUACCAAGAGAUUGGGGGAUUCCAAAAAGCUCUCGAUUGUCAUUUCAAGUCACUUAAAAUAAUGAGAGUGCAUGGAGAUCUGGUCGAUGUAGGUGCCUGCUACAACAACAUUGGUACUAGUUAUCAUGCGCUCGACCGAUACAGGGAUGCAAUCGAGCAUUUUCAAAAAACGCUUGAAAUAGCGACAAAAUUUGAACACAAAGGGCCAGAAGGAAUCGCGCACCACGGUCUUGGGACUUGUUAUCUGUCACUUGGUCAGUACAAAAAAGCCUUCCACCACCAGGAAAUAGCAGUCAACAUUCUGAAGGAAACUGGUGACAAAUCGGCAGAGGGAAGAUCCCUCAGUGAGCUUGGCCGGAUAUACAAUGAAAUUGGCCAAUAUAAAAAGUCCAUCGAUUGUUUCAAAAGGGCUUUGGAAGUAGGUCAGGACACCGGAGACAAGAAAUUAAAAUCAGCCGCUAUGACUGGGCUUGGUGCUGUGUACUAUGCUCUAGACUCACAAUCCUGCGAAGCAGAGAUAUACGCGAGGAAAGCGCUCGAAAUUUCGAAUGAAACUGGGGACAAAAGGCAAAUGUCAACGAAUUACAUCAACCUUGCUUUGUUCUAUAGCAACAAUGGUCAAUACCAGAAAUCACUUGAGAACUAUGACAGUGCAAUUAAAAUAAUGAAAAACAUGGGCGACAAGCGUGGCGAAGCAACAGCUUUGAUUUGUUGCGCUUCUGUUUACGACGCCCUCGGAAAAUUCAGAACAGCGAUAGAGAUUCAACAGAAAGGUCUCAACAUAUUGAGAGAGGUCGAAGACGCAGGAAGAGAACACGUGGCACUUUUGUCAUUAGGUAUUUAUAGUGCCGACAACGGAGAAUUGAAAAAGGCAUGUGAGUAUCUUUUUGAAAGCAUUUCUUCUAUCGAAAGGGACGUUGAAAAACUUCAGGAUGAACACAGCAUUUCCCUGAACAACUUGACUUCCCGAAACUACUGGGUAUUAUGUACCCUUCUGGUCCUUCAAGGAAAAGUUCCUGAGGCAUUAUGCACCGCAGAAAGAGGACGAGCUAGGGCUCUUGUCGACUUGAUGUCAGAGAAGUAUGGCGUCCACCAAAGACAACUUUCAAACGAGAUUUACGUGAAUGGUUUAAGACAACUUUCCAUUCAAAAUCAAAGUACAAUUAUCUUCAUAACUGUUGUGUUUGAUCACAUGUUUUUUUGGAUUAUGGAAGAAGGGCAAAUCCGAUUAAGACUAUCUAAACUAAAAUCAGGGGAGGAAGACAUCGCGGGUCUUUUGAAUCUGCCGGCAAGCACUGAAUGUGAAGAUCGCUCAUUGUCUGCAUAUUAUCGCAUGUGGUCAUCAGCUGAUGAAAGGAAAGAGGAAACCCAGCAGCGUCUCGUGGAGGAUGAAGAAGACGAGAUUGAGAAGGAGUCAAGCCUUCAACUGUUGUACAAGAGACUGUUCGGCCCUGUUGAUGAUCUCGUUCAACGCCAAGACAUCAUCAUUGUCCCGGACGGUGUGUUGUUUAUGGUGCCCUUCUCCGCACUGCAAGAUUCAAAUGCAAAAUUUCUGUCAGAGACCUUCCGCAUUCGCCUAAUACCUUCACUGACAACACUUGAGCUGAUCCAGACUAGUCCUGCCGAGUAUCACAGCGCGUCAGGGGCACUUAUUGUUGGUGACCCUGCCGUUCACCCAAUUACAAGACUGCAACCAUUGCCUGAAGCCAGAAAGGAGGCACAAGAAAUUGCAGCAUUGUUGGGCCUUGCUGCUAUUGUAGGAAACCAGGCUACAAAACGGGAGGUUCUUAGAAAGAUGCAGGAUGUGAGUUUAAUCCACUUUGCGGCCCACGGUGAUGCAGAGAGAGGAGAGAUCGCUCUUUCCCCGAGUUGUUCCGCUGAACGGGCUCCUAGCAAGAAGGACUUUAUGCUGACCAUGGAAGACAUCUCGAAGGUUGGUAUCCGGGCCAAAUUGGUUGUGCUCAGCUGUUGUCACAGUGGUCGCGGAAAGAUCAUGAAAGCCGAGGGAGUUGUGGGUAUUGCUCGUGCCUUCAUUGCAUCUGGAGCACGCUCAGUUUUGGUGUCGCUGUGGCUUCUGAAUGACAGAUCUACCAAAGAGUUCAUGAUUCGUUUCUACGGGCAUCUGGUGCGUGAUAAACUGAGUGCAAGUAAAGCUCUUCACCAGUCCAUGAAGUGGAUGAGAGAAACCAAGAAGUACACGGUGAGUGACUGGGCACCAUUUGUCCUGAUUGGAGAUGACGUUACGCUGAACUUACAAGGAAGCUUGCCAGAUUCUUCGUGUGCAAACAACUAAACUGCCGCAGUCAGAAAGUUUCUUAUGCUUGGAUACUAAUGUCUGUUUUAUAAACGAUUCAGUUCUUUGCUCAGGUCCAUAA